UUUGACAAUAAAACAAAUGAAAUGACAGUUAAGUAUAAUGUUGAUCUCACAAAAUACUGAAAGUAGAAAGUUUAAUAUUUCAGUAGAAUGAUUCAUGACAUUUCAUUGACAUUGAACAACAAACAUGGAGAAAGUGUUAACAAUGGAUCACUCAAACUAUAUAAGGUGAAAGAAUUUCACGUCGUAACAGAACACGAUUCCAGUCAACAAACACAAUGCAUAUGCAAUAUCUGUUCGUCAUUUUCCUGAUAACCCUGGAUGCGAUUUCAUCUCAAGGCCACCACGGUCUUUCUGAAGAAGAAUUACAAAAAUUUGAAGAAAUAAAAGCAACAAAAGAAUUUCAAAAAGCCAAAGAAAAAGUUAUAGAUUCAUUAUCAGAUAGAAUUGAUAAAUUUGUUCUGGAACAAUUUCGUAAAAAUCAAUAAACCUAUUUAGGGGGGCAAUUAAACUAAUAAUAAUAAACUAAUAAUUCAUAUCUCAUGUCAAUAAUUGUUUGUUUGUUUAUUUUUUAUUAAAAUAUUAAAAUUUUAUUACCGUUUGAAAAUUAUUAUAAUAUAGGCAUGUGUUUUAUUCUAUAUUUAACAUUUAUCUGCUUGAUAUCCCCCGAUUUAUCAUUAGAAGCGCAUACCCAAAUACCUAUUUCUAACGUGAAAGCUCUUCAAAACACUGUUAAAAUUAAAA